AUGGCUGCCAAAGAUGAAACUGUGGCAUCAGAUCGAGAGAUUGCUAUCACUACUGGCCGCCUGGACCUGUCAAAGCCCGGCUCCUAUCAAAAGGACGAAAUGGAAAGCUUGCGAGGCUUGCUCGAUGCAUCAAACGAUACUCUGAAUUUGAAGGGAAACCCCGAAGAAAUACUGCAGUAUACUUCCGAUCUGGACCAUCCAUUGCAAGAUCUCCCAGUAGAAGGUUGGCUACCAGCAUUGGACGAAGAAGCAACACUGUACAGGCGAGUAUUGUCUUGGAGAACCGAUAUCAAUGGGCAAAGGGAGCGAAUGUUAGUUCAUGAGAAAGAUGACCGGCCCUUUGGCAGCAGCAUUGAGCACCGUGCAGAUGGUUGA